CCUUUGAGGCUGCAGGGUAACAAAAGCUGUGUAGUGGUGGAAGGAUGAUGUCCUGGAGGUGCUGCUUUCUGCGUGUGCUCUUGGAGCUGCCCUCACAUGACUGUGAACAGUUUGCACUCUUUGCAGGAGUGAUUUCUUUGUAAUCCAAUGUUUAUGGAAAACUUAAGACUUUUAUGUGGCAGUGGAAGGGCAAUGAUCUCUCUUCCUUGGGAGGGCAUUUUAACAAGAUUUUUGGUCAAAACAAACACCUUUAUUACCUUCCUGGGACUGUUUUUUAGAUUAGCGUAGCUUGGUCUUAAACUGCAUGUCAAAAAAUGGUUUACCACAGCAUCUGCAAAAUGUUCUGUAAAUGCUGGCAAAUAUCUGAUAAUUUCAGUCCAUAUUCAGAUAUUGGGUCCUACUGCAGAUAGGCUUGCCUAUUUGUGGCUAUAGUUUUAAUACAGGAGCAAAAGGAGCAAAACUUAUAUGCUUUCCUUUCUUCAUGAAACACUUAAAAAAAAAAAAAAAGGCACCCCCCCCCCCAAACCCACAAAGCUCUAAUUUUGCCCUUUCUCUAAAUAAUAAUAAUAAUAAUAAUAAUAAUACAAAAAAAAAAAAAUCUGAAAAGACAUCGGAGUCCAAAUGCAUUUGACCACUGAAGGAAAACAUCCUUCUUUACAACCAUGGUAACUCUAUGUACUGAGGAGUAAGAGAAUGUGCUUUGCCAUUGCUAUUCUGCAUGUUCAGCUCCUAAUUUAUUCUUUGGUAGGGUGUAAGUAUAUCUGUAAUUUCCCUCUAGUCCCAGCGUCCAUUUAAAAAGUUUGACCUCUUUAUGUGGUGAUCUGCUAUAUUUUGAGCCAGGGCAGCUCUGUUGUUCUCUGGCUACAGGGGAAUGAAUAUUGAACGUGCAUGGUGUUUUUUGCAUUUCUCCGUGGGGACUGCACAAUGCCAGUUGAAUGUUCAUUGUUAAGGAUAGGGAAAAAGCAAACAAACAAAAGUGUACUGGGAUACUAUGGAACACUUUAGGGAGUAUUAACUUUUAAAACUAGUUUACUGCAACUCCACUGAUAAUUCCUAACAUGAUGCUGAACUGUGCUUUGAGGGCUGUAGCAGAGCUUGUUCAUCACAUGAGACUACAGCUAUGAGGCCCUUCUGUUGACUCUUAAUACUGAACUUUUUUUCAGCUCUGUAGAGGCUGCCUUCUUUUUGAACGUAGCUGAACUACUCUGAGUUUUAAGUAAUUCUAAAGGAUGACUGCAAUUUUCUGGUUCUCGCCAGAUCUCCUGCAAUUGCUAUAACUCUCACUGAAAGAGAUGAGGCAAGAAAACUUCUUGUUCCUUUGAAGCUGUUUAUACAGGAAUGGGCAGGGACUGAUGAAUGUCAUGUGUACUUCAAACUGAAACCAUACCAUAAUACCUAUUGUACAUUAGUCUCUCCACAGCAGAUGGUGAACUGUUCUGGUUCAAAGUUCCUGAGAAUUGAGAAAAUUAUAUAGUUCUUUGUAACAUCAAGCUCAGUAGCGCCUAGCUAAUUUCUAGAGAGCCUAAGACCCACGUUGCUGUGAGGUAAAAAUUUAACCUCAUCUCUGCUUUUUCCUGGUAAUGCCUCGAGUGAAUUAUGUAGCUGUCUUCAGAGAGUCUGAAUGAACUGAGAAACAUGGGGACUGUUUGUAUCAAGGAUGGGUUCCCCAAGAAAAGACCUAUCUAUCCUGUACAUGCUGUGCAGUAGAGAGAAUUCUUACACUCAUCUUUAAGUUAGCAGUCAACACUUCCAUUAAAUAUUCAAUAUAAAGUUAGGAGAUGUUUAUUUCUCAUAAGCAGAAAAUAUACACCACUACCGACUGGCUACUUUAGUCUAAUCUUUUACUACAGUUUUGCAGCUCUUUCUGAAGUAAUAUACUGGGGAAAAUAAAUCCCUGGAAAAUACCAAACCUGACUGACUUUAAAUAAUGAGAUAAAAAAAAAAAAAAAAAAAGAAACUAUGGGCAAAAGUGAGGCAUGAGAGAUGUGUAUAUUCUUUCUGCCCAAAAGAAAUUAUGUACUCAUUAGAAGACUAUCACAUUUUGAGAGUUAACUUGAUAUAAUUUAACAGCUCCCUUUUUUCCAGGCUCAAGUUCCCAACAGGGACAGUUGGUUGGGGUAUCUGCACAUGCAUGGAGUUGAGCAUAGCCAGCAGGCCUGGCAUGGCAGCUGGUCGGUGACGCUGCUUCAUCAUGACAUUGACAUGCUCUGCCCUGGUAGCCAGCAAGUGACUUACCUUCAGAGCAUGGAGCCCUUUGGAGGGCCUGUGCCUUGCUGGUGUAUGUCUGGCAGGUAGGCAAUGUGUGGUGCAAAAGCAGAGCCUGGCAAAAAGGAACAGCCAUGAGCCAGUCCCCAUCUCUUCACUUUGAAGACUCUUGCUUCAUCUAGUGUGGAAAUGCUUCUCCUGUGGCUAAAAGUGAGUGAGGAAAGAAGAGUCUGAAGUCCAUGCAGCACCUGUGAGGGAGGAGAUCUAGCCUGGACUGUGGGAUGUAGCAAAGGGAUGCUACUUGGCAGACUCUCUUCUUGGGGAAGACAAAGCAUCCACCAUCAUGCUAUCAGGUGUUCUGAGCCACCAAAUUCAAUGUGAGUUGAAGUUAUAAACUGUCUAAAGAAAAUAUUUACAGGACUUACAGUUUUUUCUCUGGGCUGCUUUCAAGUGAUUCUCCACUGAGCCUGUAUUUGUGCUUGGGGUUACCCCAACCCAGCUGCAGGACCUUGCACUUAACCUCACGAAGUUCAACAAGGCUGGCAUGGUCCCACCUCUCAAGCUCAUGCAGGUCCCUCUAAUAUGUCAACUGCACCAAUCAGCCUGGUGUAAUCUGCAGACUUUUUGAGGGUCAAUCCCACUAUCCAUGUUGCCUAUGAAGAAGUUAAAUAGUACUGGUCCCAGCAGCUAUCCCUGAGGAACGCCACUCAUCACCAGUCUCCACUUGGACACUGAACCACUGACCUGAACUCUGAGUACGACCAUCCAGCUAAUUCCUUUUCUAAUCUUGAUCGUUAUGGCAAAAUCUUUCAGCAGUGUGUGGUAUAUCCAACUACAGGCCGGAUGAACUACAGUCAUCUGAAACAUGAUAUAUAUAUCUCCUCUUCCUUGUUCAUGCCUACAUGCUGACACACUACCAGUUGUGUUUCCAAAAGAGGAGUUCACAGAACUACACAGUGCCUGAUCCUACUAGCUGCUUUGAUGUUCCUCCCUGGACCAUACUAUGUCAGAGAGCCACAAUGAUCAUGCACAAUAACAGUUCAGCCUUGCCCCUGUUUUCAAAUGUGAGCUCAUUCUGGAAGAGGGAUUCCCAUGGACCAGGACUACUUGAUGAAGGAGCAUCACUUAUUGGCAGCUAUGAUUCCCCUGAGACCACAGAGAGCUUUCCUUUCUCCACUGUGGAAACAACAAACUCAUCCCUAAAUGCCACAAUUAAAGACCCUCUGGGUGGACACGCUGUCUGGCAAGUAGUUUUGAUUGCUUUCCUCACUGGGAUCAUUGCACUGGUGACCAUCAUAGGAAACAUCCUCGUGAUUGUCUCAUUUAAGGUUAACAAACAACUGAAAACAGUCAACAACUACUUCUUGUUGAGUCUUGCUUGUGCAGAUUUGAUCAUCGGUGUUAUUUCCAUGAAUCUUUUCACCACAUACAUCAUUAUGGGCCACUGGGCUUUGGGAAACUUGGCCUGUGAUCUUUGGCUCUCCAUUGACUAUGUUGCCAGUAAUGCCUCUGUCAUGAAUCUUCUUGUCAUAAGUUUUGACAGGUAUUUUUCCAUUACUAGGCCACUUACAUACAGAGCCAAACGAACAACCAAAAGGGCUGGAGUGAUGAUUGGUUUAGCAUGGAUUAUCUCUUUUGUUCUUUGGGCCCCUGCCAUCUUAUUCUGGCAGUAUUUUGUUGGGAAGAGGACUGUGCCUCCUGAUGAAUGUUUUAUCCAGUUUCUAAGUGAACCUAUCAUCACUUUUGGCACUGCCAUAGCUGCCUUUUACUUGCCAGUCACCAUUAUGAGUAUUUUGUAUUGGAGGAUUUACAAGGAGACUGAGAAACGCACCAAAGAGUUAGCAGGACUACAGGCUUCAGGCAGCGAGGCAGAGACAGCACGCUUUGUACACCAGACAGGCAGCUCCCGGAGCUGCAGCAGCUAUGAACUGCAACGGCAGAGCACGAAGCGCUCCAGCCGUAGGAAGUACAGGCGCUGCCACUUCUGGCUCACAAUGAAGAGCUGGGAACCCAACACAGACCAGGGGGAUCAAGAGCACAGCAGCAGUGACAGCUGGAACAACAAUGACGCUGCUGCCUCCCUUGAAAAUUCAGCCUCAUCUGAUGAAGAAGACAUCACAGCGGAGACCAGAGCUAUCUAUUCAAUCGUGCUGAAGCUUCCUGGUCACAGUGCCAUCCUCAAUUCCACAAAGUUGCCCUCCUCGGAAGAUCUGAAUGAGUCAGCAGAUGAACUGCAGAAAUCUGACACGGACUCACAGGAAAAGAAACCUAAAAAACUGCAACCUCCCAAAAGCAUUCAGGAUGGUGGAAGUUUCCAGAAGAGUUUUUCAAAGCUUCCAAUUCAGCCAGGGUCAGCAGAGACAGCUACAGCUUCUGAUGGCAUCUCAUCAGUGACCAAGACAUCUGCUGCCCUGCCUUUGUCCUUCAAGGAAGCAACUCUGGCAAAAAAAUUUGCCUUGAAGACCAGAAGUCAAAUCACAAAGCGAAAACGAAUGUCACUUAUCAAAGAAAAGAAAGCGGCACAGACACUCAGUGCCAUUUUGUUUGCCUUUAUCAUUACCUGGACUCCAUAUAACAUCAUGGUUCUGGUGAACACCUUUUGCGACUGUGUCCCCAAAACUGUCUGGAACCUGGGGUACUGGCUUUGCUACAUCAACAGCACGGUGAACCCUGUGUGCUAUGCACUGUGUAACAAAAUGUUCAGAAAUACUUUCAAGAUGUUACUGCUGUGCCAGUGUGACAAACGAAAACGACGCAAACAGCAGUAUCAGCAAAGGCAGUCUGUCAUUUUUCAUAAGCGGAUCCCUAGGGAGGCUUCAUAGAAUAGUAUUUUUUAAAUAACUGAAAAAAAAAUAAUGGAGGAUGGGAUGGGACAGGAUUAGAUGGAUUUGGAAGGGGUGGGGUAGGAUAGGAUGGGAUGAGAUUGGGAGGGGCUGGAAUGGGACAGGACAGGAUGGGGUGGGAGGGUGAUUGCAGGGUGCUGAUUCAAACAUUUAUACAUCAGGACAUGAAAGCAGCUGCCGGGCAUAUGAAUCCUUUUAAUAAAUCCAGUUUAAUAUAAAAAUGAAGUCUGCAUUCAGCAAAAACUAACAAACUUCAACGUUUUUACUAAGGAAUGAAAGACUUAAUAAAGUUUUCAUACAAAUUUGAAAGAAGCAUAUAGCAAUUGUAAACCCAUUACUGAUCUGCCCAGCUCUUUGAUUGUAAUCAAUUCUGGGAUCUCAGGUAAGCACAUCUACCUAGCCCAACUCUUCUGUUUCCAAGGAAUCCAACAACUUUCAAUUCAAGUCACACACGGAUGUAGCAAGCUAGCAAAACAGGAUUAUGAAAUUAUUUGAGACAUUCUAUAGGUUGCAAAAUUGCUUCUUGUUGUCAAGGUAGAUCUUCCUGUUUACUUCUCUUUUGGUAUAUUAUUAUUAAUUGUACCCCUGAUUCCUGGUCGCCAAGUGUGCAGCUCAUGUGUGCAGCUUAUGUUAUAUAUAUGUGUGUGUGAGUGUGUAUGUAUGCAAAAAAUACAUUCACACCUCUACAAUACACACAUACCAGGAAAGAGGUAAUCUAUUGGUCUAGGUUUUACAGGGCCCCAAAUCACUGUUGCAUGUGAGUGAAAUUAAAAUAUAUAUAUAUUAGAAAGUUGUAUUAUAAAUAUUUAUCUCAUUGUUCACCACCUGAAAUUCAGGUUCAUCUUUGCAGCCAAAACACACUGUCCAUGUUUCAAAUGGAGAGAACCAAAGCAUUGCCUGUGAGCCUGUCUACAGAGUUUUAUAAUGGGGUGUAUGCCCAGUAUAACCUUUGCCUUGAACAAGGUAUCUCUCCCUGCAUGAGAUUACGUCUCUUUAAAGAAUACGAAGGUGAAAAGAACUGAUGGUCACAUGCAGGGCAGAGCACGAGUUUGUCUUUGUAAGGUGCGGGAUGGUGAGAGCUCACAUCUGAGCCACCAGUGCUCAAAGGUCCAGUGGCCAGACGGGUACGGACAUGAGCAGCAGCCCCAUUUCAUGCUCACCCCAGGUGAUCUUCAGAUGGGAAAGCUGUGUGUAAAAGAAAUCCUUUGUUUUUGCACGCGAAGGACACUCAUUUUAAAGUGUUUCUUUUCCAGAAUCUGUUUUAAGUAGAAGCGCACCUAAUUAUGUUUAUUGCCAUGUUACUUGGUGUUUCAGAAAAUAUGGAUAUUGCCAAUUUGUAACCUGGUAAUUUUUAAUAAAGCAAAUUUUUAAAGGGCUUUCAUAUUUCUAGCUUAGACAUGACCAGUAUUUCCUGGUAUUUGUGAUGUGGUCUGCACCAAACAGUGUGAUUUAUAGAGUCAGAAGUUCCCCAGGGAAAGGAUUGUACUUUAAACUGUUGUUCUAAAUCUGAUUUAUUUACAUGUUGAAAGAUAAUUUUGUAUUGUCUUUGAACUGACCAAAACUUUUUUUAUUGCUUAAACUCUUUUUUUUUUUUUUUUUUUUUUUUUUGCUGAAAAUAAAACAAAACAAAUUUAUUUUACAAAGGGGCAUCAGUGUUGUGAACGCAGAACUGAUGUAAAAGCUGCUUUUGUAUUCAGUGUGAGAUGGUGUUUACAGAUGAUUUUGACAACAGUGGAAAUAUAUUAAAUGGUGUCUGUGUAUCUGAACUA